AUGCUCGUAUUCGUAACGGUAGGUUCAACUAGGUUCGAUGCUCUCGUAGAGGCCACUAUAUCAGAACUUGUCCUCAGUACACUUCGCGACUCAGGUUAUAAUCGCCUCAUUCUUCAGCGCGGUAAUUCCGUCAUUGAAUUAGAAGAGUUCAACAAGGAGAAUUGUACUAUACGGCGACAUGGUGUGGAUAUAGAGAUUUGGAGGUUCAAGCCUUCCAUUCAGGCUGAGUGUGGGCAAGCUGACCUCGUCAUCAGCCAUGCUGGAUCGGGAACGAUUCUGGACGUCUUGAGGUUAGGAAAACCUCUUAUUGUCGUACCUAAUCCAACCUUGUUGGACAACCACCAAGAGGAGUUAGCGUCUGCCCUUCAAAUACUGGGUCACCUGAAGGCGACGUCGAUUCAAGAUCUCCCAUCGACAAUCGCAUCAUUCGAACUUCGCGAUCUAGUUCCGUUUCCUCCCUUCGAUGGGACUAAAUUCUCUCAGCUGGUAGAUGAGGAAAUGGGCUUCAUCUAA